AAAUCUGAUAUAAAUAAAGAGGGCGAGGAAGAGCACGAUCAGGGACCGAAGGGUGCCAAACGUGACUUGAGGCUAUUUAUUCAACCCAUAAUACCUUGAAGAAACGAGUAUUACUUGCUUGGCUGCCUUGUGAUCAGAAUUCCAGCAAUAUUCGUUAAAAAUGACGUCCGCAAAGUCUCUUUUUGAUGUGAAAUCAAUAUGAAAACGGCAACGAAUGGUCAGAUUUGUUCUCUGUCCCAAGGUUUUCAAUCACACGGGGGAUGUCUGUGUCGGUUCCUAAAUCAAACAUUUGCACACCUGUUGAUUGGAAGGGAUGCUCCCAGUUGCAUCCUUUGUAUCACUCGGUGUAUAUUUGGGUGUACUGGUUCGUUUAUUGUACCACACCAGAGAUAAAUCACUCGUGUUCAUUGCGCAGGAUCUUGUAAUUAAGGACAUUUAAUCCUCAUUGGAUCACAAUGUCCACGGAUUUGUAUGUAUUUACACUUGUAAUACAUUUGAUAAAGAGCCAAAAGAGUGCUCGCCGACAAUUCCCAAAGCCCCUCUCCGACUUCCGAGGUAGGUGUGGUCAUCGUCAAUUCAAUUCAACUUCCGACAAGUGGCACUGAGCACCGCGGUGCGAUGUGAGUCUUCUCGCACAUUUUAAAGAACUGCAUUUGCCAUGAACAACUCAUUUUCCCCGAGCUCGAUGCAGCCAAACCAGCCCUUACGGAAGCCGUCAUCCAGCCUGGUCAUGUGUCCGUUACCACCGGCCAGAGGGGAUACACCAGUUGGAAUUGGUUCCAUGCAAUCAUCUGUGCCCCUCUGCCACGUUUGUGGUAAGCCAGGGAAUUUACGUUGUACUCGUUGCAAGAAGGCAAUUUACUGCUCUGUGGUGUGCCAGACGAAAGAUUGGGAUGGGCACAGACAGAUGUGCACACCCGCUGGCCCGGACCCUGCAAAGGAGAAGCCGAAUCAGACAGACGCGUUGCCAUCAUUGUCACCCAACACCGCCCUUCCGGAUUCAAGGGCAGAUGCAGUGGUUCCCCGCAGGGUGUAUUUGAAGGACUUGCAUACCCUUAAGCUUGAUCAGGGAAAAGAUGUGCAGGCAUCUGUCGUGGAGUUCUACAGCCCUGGAAGAUUUUUUCUCCAAAACCCCGAUCUGCUGGAGACUCUGCAGAGUAUCAGCAGCCAACUCCAGAAGAGCCCCAGCUGUCCCUCAGUACCCCUUCAUGUCCCCUGUGUCGGAGAGGUCUGCGCUGCGCAGUUCUCUGCCGAUCUGAUUUGGUACCGAGGCCUGGUCCAGAAGUUGGCGGCUGACAAAAAGUCUGCUCAUAUACUUUACAUCGACUACGGAAAUGAGGAAGACGUCCCCGUGGACAGAAUCAGGCCCCUGCCUGCUGACCUUGAGCCAUUUCAUCCUUGUGCCAUGGAGUGUCGCGUUGCCGGCGUCGAACCGCUGGAUGGCAGCUGGUCCGCCGAGUGCUGUUCAGCAGUGAAACCGCUUUUGGCUGACAGGGUGGUGACCGUGAAGCUGGUGGAAACACUGAAGAAUGGUCACGCGCACGCUGUGGACAUCGAGCUUCCCAUGGGAAAGCGUCUGAGCUCACUUCUGAUCGAUCGAGGUUUUGUGAAGAAAGCAGUUUAUUUGCCAACAGUGAACGACAUAAACGCCAUGUUGACCGCUUCCUCGGAAAACUAUCGGCGUCAAUCUCGGGGGAAGGACGACAACACCUGGGCUCAGCCACCCAAGCCUCUCACGCAGGCCGUGGGGGACUCCUUCUCUGUCGUGAUCACGCACUUCCAUUCGCCCGAUGACAUGAUUGUGCAGAAGGUGGACAAUGCCGGCGUCAUUGAGGAGAUGCAGCUGAGUUUGAGGCAGCAUUGCAAUCGGUUGUCUGCGCCUCAAGACUUCAGACCAGCACCAGGCACCAUCUGCUGCGCCCAGUUCUCGGAGAACAAGCAGUGGUACCGGGCCAAAGUGCUGGCAUACCCCUCUGAGGAGCGCGUCUGUGUGGCUUACGUUGACUUUGGCAAUUCCGAGGACGUGGAUAUCGGCCACUUGAGACCCCUCAGCCCUUCGCUGCUCACCUUGCCCAUGCAGGCCAUUCCUUGUGUUCUCGCAGGGAUACAACCUGUCGGAGGGAGCUGGUCCGAGGAGUCCCUGUUGGCCCUGCAGCAGAGGGUGUGUAACAGAAUCCUGCGUGUGGAGAUUGAGGGGGUGCACGAGGGCAAAGCUCUGGUUGUCAUGGUUGACGAGACCAGCGACCCCGAGGACAACAUCGCCGAGCUGCUCAUCUCCGCCGGGUACGCCUCACCUGUUCCCGCUGCCGGAUCUCUUAAGGCCCACGAUGACCCGCAGGCUGAGCAAGCUCCUCCAGAACCAGCUGGUCCGACCUUCCCAGUGCACUGGAAGACCGUGGAGUUGCCCAUCGAUGAAUCCUUCAAGCCUGACAUCGUCGCCGUUACCAAUCCAUCCCUCUUCUAUGUGUUCAGCCCCAGCCAGGUAGAUCAGCAGAAGCUCCGGGAGAUGAUGCGGGAUCUGGCGACCUUCUGCAGCAGCGACCGGGCCACUUUGUCCUCAUGCGCUGACAAGAGCGAACUCGUCCCCGGGGCCGCCUGUUGCGCUCGGUUCACUGGGGAUGACACCUGGUACCGUGCCGUGGUUGUGGAGGUCGGCAAGAAUGAGGUAGCAGUCGUCUACGCAGACUAUGGCAACACCGAAAAUUUGCCAGUCUCCCGCAUUCUGCCCAUCCCCGAAAGCCUGUUGCAGCUGCCCUUCAUGAUCGCCCGCUGUGCCUUGACCGGCAGGGAGCAUUUCCCCGCCCUGUGGCCCCGAGAAGUGCUGCAGAUGUUCCUCAGCUUGCUGCCGGACGGCGUCGUCGCCACCGCGCUGUCUUUCGACGGCUUCAGCAACAUCCUCGCCCUUAGCCUGCCCGCUGAAAUGGGCGGGGUCCGCCUCAGCGCUGUGAUCCACGAUGCCCUGGAGAGCCACAAAAUCAAAAGUGCACCGAGCCGGUCCGCUGCCGCCGAGGCUGAUCGGAUGGAGAGGAGCGGCGCUACUCUGCCUCAAGUGGCGCCUGCCGAAAAUAAGAUUGUGGAAAAUACAGCAGAGGAAACUGUAAGCCUCGAGCAGACCGCCCAAAGCCCGCAGCAGAGAAAAACCCUAGCAGCCGAGGUCCAGAAGAAUGACCCGGCCUCUGCAUGUCGCUGCCCGAGCGUGGAGCUACAGAUGCAGCGUUUGGAGCGGAUGAUCGAGCGUGUGGAGCACACGGUGGAGACGUUUCUUUCCUCACUCGCACGGCUUACUUGAACACUUGCAGAUUUAAAGCAGCUGUUGUCACUCUUCACCUCUCUUUUUAGAGUGCUUUACUUACGCGACAAUACCGUUUGUUCUCAUUUAAUCGUUGCAUGUUUUUCAUCAGUGCACUGUGUUGCCAUGGCUUCCUUUUGUUAGCCUGUUCAGGUGGUCCCUUUUUGUUUUACAUAAAAGUUCAUUUAAAACC